AUGACCAGCCGCAAGCGUAACGAAUUCCUAGAUCAUGGUCUCAGCGACGAGGAAGAAGAAGCAGGUUACAACUCAGAAGAGCAAGAAGAAAGCCGUGGCGCACGAUCCAUCAAGCGACGAAGAGUCGACCAAGACUCGGACAACGACUCUCAAUCAGACUUUGACGACGAAGACGAAGAAGCACUGGACAAGACAAACGCCAUUGCACCAAAGCCCGCUCCUGCAGCGCCAAAAGGACGUUUCGAGCUAGACGACGAAGACGCAGACGACUUCAUCCCCGAAGACGACGAUGAACCCGACAUUGACGAGAACCCCUCCGACGACGGAAAACCAGUCAAACCAUUGACCCAAAAACAACUCCUCAAAUCCCAAAAAGCGGCCAGAAAAACCGGCGUCGUCUACAUCUCCCGCAUCCCCCCCUUCAUGAAACCCGCAACCCUAAAACACUACCUCUCCCCCUACGGCGACAUCGGUCGCGUCUUCUUGACCCCGGAAGACCCCGUGGCUCAAAAACAGCGCGUGCGCAACGGCGGCAACAAGAAAAAAUCCUUUACAGACGGCUGGGUCGAAUUCUCCAACAAAAAGGAUGCAAAAGCUGCCGCAGAAACACUCAAUGGCAAUAUCAUUGGAGGGAAAAAGGGAAAUUUCUAUCAUGAUGACAUGUGGAAUAUGAAGUACCUCACUGGCUUCAAGUGGUCGCAUCUCACCGAGCAAAUCGCGAACGAGAAUGCGGAAAGAGCGGCUAGACUCAGAGCAGAGGUUGCGAGGACGAGAAGGGAGAAUAAGAGUUUCGUCGAGGAUGUGGAGAGGAGUAAGAUGUUGGAGGGUAUGCGUGCGAAGAAGGCUGCUCAGGCUGACAGAGCUGCGGGUGAUGGUGCUGCUGCGAAGACGAGUAAACCUGCGGGUGCAGGGGUCAGGGAGUUGAAGAGAGACUUCAAGCAGAAUGAGGUCAAGAGUAAGAGGAUUAGGGAUUCGAGCAAGACAGAGCAGACGGAGGAUGUGCAGAGGGUGUUGAGUAAGAUCUUCUAG